AUGUCUUCCUCCGAGUCAUUCAAGGGCUGGUGCGCCCUGGGCCCCGACGCCGUCGAGGGCAAGCUUGUCUGGCAGGACGUCCCGGCCAAGAAGUUCACCGAGACGGACCUUGAGCUUGACGUGCUGGCGUGCGGCAUCUGCGCCUCGGACAUCCACACGAUGCGCUCCGGCUGGGGCCCGACCGAGUACCCGACCGUCGUGGGCCACGAGAUCGUCGGCAAGAUCACAAAGGUCGGCAGCGACGUCAAGGACGGCUACAAGGUCGGCGACAUUGUCGGCAUCGGCGCGCAGUGCGACUCGUGCGAGCAGUGCGAGCAGUGCAAGAAGGAGAGCAACUCGUACUGCGACGGCAUGGUCGGCACGUACAGCGGCAAGUUCAAGGACGGCUCCGGUCGCUCGAUGGGCGGCUACGCCAGCAAGUGGCGCGGCCCGGCCACGCUCGCCAUCCCGAUCCCCGACGGCCUCGACCUCUCCGUCGCCGCGCCGCUGCUCUGCGGCGGCGCCACGGCCUACUCGCCGCUGCGCGACUACGGCUGCGGCCAGGAGAACGGCAAGCGCGUGGCCAUCGUCGGCGUCGGCGGCAUUGGCGCCUUCGGCCUCAACUGGGCCAAGGCGCUCGGUGCCGACGAGAUCGUGGCCAUCUCGACGACGGCGUCGAAGAAGGACCUCGCCAUGCAGCUCGGCGCCACGGACUUCCUGGCGAUGAAGGACGACCCCGAGGGCCACAAGAAGUACCGCCGCCACUUCGACAUCAUCCUCAACACGGCUGCCGACGAGAACAUGGACUUUGACAAGUUCGUCUUCAUGCUGCGCCCGCGCGGCCACCUCAUCAACAUUGCCGUGCCCGAGAAGCCGUGCAAGCCCGUGCCCAUCGGCGCGCUGCUCUUCAGCGGCGCCAACAUCGGCGGCUCGGCCAUCGCCGGCCGCGCACAGCUGCGCGAGAUGCUCGACCUCGCCGUGUCGGCCAAGCCCAACUUCAUGAUUGAGAAGCGCAAGAUGAGCGAGGCCAACGAGGCCGUCAAGGACAUGGUCGCCGGCAAGCCGCGCUUCCGCUACACGCUCAUGGCCGAGGGCCAGUAG